AUGUCCGUCUUCGAAUCACCAUCUGCGCCCAAGCCACAGCGCCAGCCUUCUUUUGUCGGUCUCCCUCCCAUCAGCCCGGGUCCCGAGUUUGGUUCCGCCCUGGGCAUCUCUCCCGGCGACCUAGACGACCCCCAUCGCGCUGUUUCUCCACCGGGCCACCUCCAAGGCCCGUCUCCACAUCCUCACUACCUUGACGGCGGCGGCAAUCGCAUCGCCAACGCCAUCUUCAACACCGACAACACAGCUACCGCCAACAACAACAACAACAACAACAACAACAACAACAUUAACACUCGUGCUAACACCGCCUUCAGCGACAGCCGAAACGGGGCCCGACCUGGGCCUGUUCCGGGCGCGUCACCCCUUGCCUCUCCCACCAUGAACUACCAGCUCCAGUCAUCCUCGCCUCAUCCCCACGGCACCCAGUUCAUGCAGGGCCCUUAUGUGAUGAUGCAGUCACCUCACGUCCAGCAACCUGCCGCCCACCACUUCCAACCCGCUGCUCACCAGUUCAGCGCCAACGGCAGUGGUAAUGGCAAUCCCAACAUCAUGCACCACCAGGCUGGGCCCUCACAGCCCGGCUACCCCGGACAGAAGGGCCCCGUCAGCUACCAGCAGUUCCAGUCCUCAUCACCACCACCAGGCAUGCCGUCGCCAAGCCUGAUGUCCAACGGCCAGUUCAACGUGCCGCCCGGCUGGAAGAUGGAGCAGUCCCAGCUGCAGCAGCCUCUCUCCUCUCCCAGGCAUCGCCACUCACCAAGCAUCUCGUCCCUCAAGCAGCAGAACCAGGCCUAUGAGAUCGACAAGGAGACCGGUGCCCCGUCCGCCAGAUCUGUCUCGCCGCCUACUCACUCACCUGUUGAUUCCCGUCGCCCUGGCCAGCCUGCCCUGGUCUCAUCCGCCGGCCCAUCCUCACAGAACGGUGAAUUCCGACCUCCGAACGCCCCGUUCAUGAUGCAGACACAAGGUGCUGCUCUGGCCCGUAGCUCCACUAACAUCACUCAAAACUCACAAUUCCAUGAUGAGCCCGAGAGCAAGCGUAACUCCAAUGUCUUCUCAAGCAUACGCAAUAGGCUUGCAGGCAGCGGAAAUGAUCAGCGCGACGCCAUGACCGGCCGACCGCAGCCGAACGGUGGUCUCACGGGAGACGAUGUGUCUGACGCAAGCAUCCCGGUCGACGACCAGGGGAGGAGAGUCCCCUCUAACUUCUUCGGCCUCCGUGGUAACGGGCAGCCCAACGGUGACGGAACGCCCUUUUCAACACAGGGCCUCAGUGGUGCUUCAUUCAGCCCACCCAAGGAGAAACGCCCUUUCUUCUCCCGCCCCAGCGGCCUGGGCAUCAACUCUUCCCAACAAGAAGUCUCGCGGCCCGCAACUGCAGAGGGUGUGAUGGGUCCACCAGUCGUCGGCUUUGGCCCUGGACAACCCAAGAAGAGGUUUUCGAAGCUGACCGGCAUGCUCAACCGUGACAAGACAGAAAACCAGCCGUCGCAACCACUGGGCUAUGGCGCAACGCAGGGCCAGAGGCCGUCUUUUCAGGGGCAACGGCCUCCGGGGGGUGCGAUGGGCUAUUCGGACCAGAUGAGUCCCCAUGGCGGACCUGGCGAUGACGGCCAGAUGUCAGGAUAUGGACGCCCGAGGAGCUCAACCGCAGGGUCGCGGCCUAGCAUCUCGGAUCAUGGGCGGACCCCGUCAGGACAAGGUUACGGCCCACCUGCCCCCAUGGGUCCGAUCGCGGAGGAGGACAGGGGCAGGAAGCCUUCGGGCGGGAAUCUGCUGUCCAACAUCUUCGGGAAGCGGUCGGAUUCCAAGAACAGGGAGCACGCUCAGCAGAGACCGCCGCGGUCGCCCCCUGGGCUUGAUCAGCCCCAGGGCCUGAAUCCCCAGGGACAGAUAACGGGCAAGACCAGCAACAACCCCUUGGGCGUCGUACAGGUCGCGACAGCAGUGCCGAUCCGCCAGGUCGGCAAUUCUCCAAACGGGAAUUCCGGGCAAUUCCAAGGAGGUAUUUCGCCCGGCGCACAGAGCGAUUCAAGCCGCCAGCGAUCUGCAUCGGUAGUCAACCAGAUCGACGUUGGCGGUGCUCGGAAACCGAGUGUCGACCUGCAGGGCACCCGGAACCGUGCGGCAUCGCAGUCACUCGCACAGCAACACCCAGUCCAUAUCGCGUCACUUCAUGCGCCGAGCAGGCAUACAGGCAACUCAAGCUCGCCUCGGAACAGUCCACAGUUUCAGCCACAAGAUGCGCCGUCGCAUGGUGCCCAGAAUCAGGAAAAUGGGACCCCGGUAUCGUCUGGUCAGCUUGGUGCAUCUUUUCCACCGCAGGCCAGGAGGGUAUCGCAGGGCGUCAUGGCAGGCCAGCAGUUACAAGGCUCGGACCAGCAGCAGGCUGUUUCUGUUCAGUCGUCUCCAUCGGCGUCGCCUGCGCCAAAUCCUGGCCAGCAGGUCUCUCCUCCUGGCGUGCCUCCGAAGAAUUCCCCUGCGCCGAGUCCAGGCCAGGGAUUCGGCUCAACACCGACACAGUCUUGGCAAAAUCCAGGUGUGCAGAGCCAAUCGGCUCCGAUGGCACAGCAAUCGUCUGUCUACAGGCCCUCGGGGCCGCAGAUAGCUGCCGUCGUGCAGAGCUUCUCCCAGCAACAGCCACAGUCGCCAUGGAGCAUUGGUAGACAGAAUGGAUUCGGCCAGCCCGGCCCUCCCGGACAGCAGUUCAUGCCAGGCCAAUCCCCACAGGGCAUGAUGAUGACAUCGCCGCCACAGGAGCAGAGGUCGGAAAAGGAGGGCACUUUCUCGAAAUUCCUCAAAAGUAGCAAGACCUUUGUGCACCAGAUUUCCGACUCGCAGUCGUUGAACGACAAGCCCAAGCCAGAGAAAGAAAACAAGGGAAUGAAAAGCAUGAUGGGCGUUUUCAAGAGGCCUGCCAAGGAGUCCAAGCAACCUGAGUCCGGAAAGGCGCCACCGGGUGGGCCUCAAUGGGCUAUUCAGUCGGGCCAGGUUCCUCCCAGUAUGCAACAGUAUGGCUCGAGCCAGAGCCCACAAGGGAAGCCGACGGCGCAGAGACUGCCGCAGAUGCAAAUGCCUCCGAAGGCCCAGCAAGUGAUGGGGAUAGGAGAGGGCGAACAAAAGAUCCCCGUGGAGCCACAAGAACAGGCGCCUCAGGCCCAGGCGUCACAAUCUCAGGCCCAAGCUUACGGCACCGGCCAGCCCUCACCUGAGCUGCCGCGGGCGCAGCAGCCGAGGAUCACUUCUCAACCGUAUCCGGACAACCAGAAUGAGAGGCCCUCGCCGCAAAAGACAAGCCCACCUCUGGGACAACAGCAGGCACGUCAGCCGCAAAGUGGACGGCCGUCCAUUAGUGGGGACGCAUCUCGAGCGCCCUAUGAGAUGCCACCACAGCAGCAGCAGCAGCAGCAGCAACAGCCACGGAGGCCGUCUCAGCCCCCAAUAGGGCAGACACAGUCCCAGACGCCAGCAGCGACAUCCGGCAAUAUGAGAGCGCACAAUCCGAAGCAACAGACCGCUCAGCGUGCCCCCGAACCUCAGUACGCCCCCGUGCCUAUUCCCCAAGGGUACGCUACUGUCCAUGGGGAAGGAAUGGCGGCUGCGAAGCCAAAUGUGAUGGGAGCACCACCUUACGGGCAACCGCUACCAAUGCCACAAUCAGGCAUGCCCUAUCAAGGCCCUCCGCAACAAUGGGUAUACCCUGGCAUGGCGCCAGGCCAGAUGCCUGCAGGUAUGCCUCCUCAGAUGGUGCAGCAAGGCUGGCCGCAAUACCCUCCUUACCAGGGGACACCGCCUCCCAUGGUCAUGGCCCAGCAUCCACCGCCUCAGCAGCAAUACAUGCCAGGACAGCAUGCCACGCCCUCUCCGCCAUUGCAAGGGCAACAGGCUCCACCACAUAUGCCGGCACAGCAGCACGGGCCGCAGCCCCAAGUGCACCCACAAUUCAUGGCGGCUGCCCCCGGCCACCAUCGGAAUGUCCCUGAGCAGACAGUUAGUCCCUCACAUAAUGCUGGCUUUGCGCCCGCUCAGCAAGCAGCCCCUGCGCUUGCGGAUGCAGCACAGGCCGCACCUGACAAUGGCCAACCACAUGCCGCUCCUCAGCCCCAGCAGCAACUCUCGCCAGUUCCUGACGCGAGUCCCGUCAUCCCAGUUCACAUGGAUAAGGGUGGCCGACCGCAACUCCAUCAGCCAGAGGCUGUAAAGUCCGAGUUCGCCCAGACUACGUUCCAGACCGUGCCACGGAGUGCCUUCGCUGUUGUCAAGCCGCAACCAGGACAAGAUCAGCUCCAGCCACACCAGGGCUCCAACCUCAUACCCCAGCGCCAGACCAGCGGGGCUAGUGAGGUCUCAUCUUUGACCUCUGUUCCUGCUACCAACCAAGCCGGCUCUAGUACUCAGAGCAGUGAGACCAUCCAUCAGGUGCAACAACAAGCGGCGAACGUUAGUCCCGAGAGAAUUGUUAUCAGUCCCGAGCCUGUGUACGAAAGACCGCCCGUGACUCUGACGGACAAUCCGCCAAAGACAGAAUCUCCUGCGACAACUGCGUCAGCCGAGCAAGAAGACAUAUAUGGUGCCACGCCGAGGCAAUCCCGCCACGUGUCACCAGUGCUGGCCAAGGAACACCAGCAGCAGCAGCAGCAGCAGAACGUUAUGGUACACUCCAUCGACAGGUCAUCGGCACAGGAGCCCUCUGGAGAACCAGAGGCCAAGUUCGCUGGGCCUCUGCCGAACAGGAGUCCGGAGACCAAGCCUGCGGCCAAGAAUGAGCCAUCUCCAGCCCAGCAGAGCUUCGUCGUUGACGUGCCGCCGGUGAUCAUCGAGCCGGCGACUGCCAUCACCCCAUCAGCACCGAGCCCCGGCCCGCGUGUGUCCACCUCAAAGUCCAUGUCGCCAGAAGGGGUCGAGCCCCCGUCCCCGACGGACUCGGAGCUAGGAAAGAAACGCGAGAGCGACAGCAGUGGCAACACGAAAGAAGGCGACGACGGCAUCAACGGCGGCGCCGCCAACGGGGCAAGCAGCAGCAAGCCCGUGCAGACUUCGCAGGAGAUCUUCGAAGAGCACAAGCGCAAGCAGCUCGUGCGCGACAUGGAGGAGAAGAUCGCGCUGAACCCGACCGAGCCCGACAGCAUGCUGAUGCUGGGCCCCGGCGGCAAGAAGAAGGGCGAGGACGCGCCUCUCAUGAGCGCUACCAGCUACCCCGGGCAGGAGUGGAAUCCUUAUGGGGAUGCAUGGAUCGAUGAUGACUUGUAA